CAUAUAUGAUAGCUUAGAUCCUUCUGAAUUUGAGGAGAAUUGGAACAAUGUAAUUGCAAAGUAUGAUCUUGUUGACAAUGGUUGGCUUGGAGGUUUAUAUCGGGAAAGAGAAAUGUGGGUUCCUGCAUACAUGAGACACAUGUUUUGGGCGGGAAUGAAGACUACACAAAGAGUAGAGAGUAUAAACAGCUUCUUUGACGGGUAUGUGAACAAACACACUCGGUUGUAUGAGUUUGCGGAGAGGUAUUGUGAAGCAAUGGAGGUUCGCGCAAAUGACGAGAAGGAGAACGACGCAAAUUUAGCCAGGUAUGUGAGGACACUUGAAACUGAUUUUUCUGUUGAAGCUAUAUACCAGAAGAUAUACACUGACAAUAAAUUUAAGGAGGUUCAAAGAGAGUGCACUAGGUCCUUAUAUUUGAAUGUGCAGGGAAAGAAUGUAGUUUCAGAUAAUGUUUUGGAACAUUAUGUUCAAGAUAGGGUGUGGGUAAGAUGUAAAGACACAAGAAAAGAGAUUGUUUCCAAAAAAAAGAGGAUGUACGAGGUUACGUUUGACUCUAGUACAAAGGAUGUAAGUUGUGCAUGCAAGUUAUUUGAGUGCAAUGGAAUCAUGUGUCGUCACAUGAUAUUUGUAUAUGAGAUUCAUGACCAGUUAGAGGUCCAAGAAAAAUAUAUUUUGAGGCGGUGGAGAAAAGAUGUUCAUAGAAAACAUACGAGGGUUAAGGUGGCUUAUCACGACCCUUCGAAAACAGAUGAGGUUCGUAGAUAUGAUUAUAUUUUUGACAAAUUUGUUCCAAUUUGUGAGAAGGCUUCACAGUUUGAGGAGAAUAUUGUUGUUGUAGUAGAAAUGUUUGACCUCAUGAACUUGCGGGUUGAGGAGACAAGUGCCAUGGUAAUGAGGCGGAUGCUUGAAGGGGAUAUAGAUAUGACUCCCAAUUCUGUGGUUAAGCAGAAGAAUAACGAGUUUGGUCCUCCAUGUGUGGGUCAAAAUGGGAAGAAGAAGAAGGGGAAAGUUGCUGUGGAUGCACCAUUGCAUAAUGUGAAAGAUCCACCUUGCAAGAAGGUUGCACAUCGAACUCGAGGUAUGCGGUAUGUAUCUGUUGCAGAAGAAGCGAAGAGAAAGAUAGCUUCGAAAUCUAAGGCAAGCAAGUCGAGGGCGGCCAAGAGACCUAGGAGGAAGAAGGUUGAUUUGAAUGUCGCAGUUGCUACACCGAGGUGUAAGGAGCUGAACUUGAAUGGUGUAGGCGAAGGAGAAUGUUCAGGAAUGACGGCUACACCAAGUGCGGGGCCACAGGAGAUAAAUAUGGAGGAUCCAGAUUUUCCUAUCUCCGUUGGAGGUAUUGAGUUGGUUGAUGGAGAUGGUUCUAUAGGAUAUUUUACACGAUUGUUAGGUAGUCGCGAUGGUGAAACAAGUAGAUCGUACGUUGGUUCGAAUGAUAUGCUUCAGUUGAGCAUUGGAAGAAUGUGAAGAAAUGUGGUUUGAAGUUACGUAAAAUUUAUGGAUGACAAAAAGCUGUGGUAAUGUGGUCACUAAAAUGUGGUUAUAUUUGUAAUGUUAAUUUUUGGCAUCAAAUAGAAUUAUGUUUUGUUAUAUAGCUUGCUUAGAAGUGACAACAUUGAAUAUUAUGUGAUACUUUCAUUCACUA